AUGGAGAUUCCCAUGGGGACCCAGGGCUGCUUCUCAAAGAGCCUCCUGCUCUCAGCCUCAAUCCUGGUCCUCUGGAUGCUCCAAGGCUCCCAGGCAGCUCUCCACAUCCAAAAGAUUCCAGAGCAGCCUCAAAAGAACCAGGACCUUCUCCUGUUGGUCCAGGGUGUCCCAGACACCUUCCAGGACUUCAACUGGUACCUGGGGGAGGAGACGUAUGGAGGCACGAGGCUAUUUACCUACAUCCCUGGGAUACAACGGCCUCAGAGGGAUGGCAGUGCCAUGGGACAGCGAGACAUCGUGGGCUUCCCCAAUGGUUCCAUGCUGCUGCGCCGCGCCCAGCCUGCAGACAGUGGCACCUACAAAGUAGCUGUUACCAUCAACUCUGAAUGGACUAUGAAGGCCAAGACUGAGGUCCAGGUAGCUGAUUGAAAAAUGGAGGCAUGCAGUGGUUAUGACUUGCUGAGUAAAGAAUACGAACCAGAAUGAUGUGACAUGGGAAAGGAGGUCAUCAGGGAGACCUCACUCAAGAAGUGACCUUAGAGGAGAGACCAGAAGAAG